CGGGCGCGUCCCCUUUGUGGCGCGGCUCCCGGCCCUGGCAGCGGUCGGCCGCGGGCACGGAGGGCGGCGGCGGCAGCAGCUCCUCCCGUGCCCGCCACGGGCUACCUUGGUGGAGGGGGGAGAGAGAACCGGCAGCCUCCGGUUGGCCGCAGUCGGUGCGUCCCAGUGGCUAAGCCGCCGUAAACACCAAGGAACGAAGCGAUCAUCCGUUGAAAUGCAGGCGGGCGCCGGGCGCUUUCCCUGAGCUGGUCCCCGUGGCCAUGCAAAGCCCCCCCGUCCCCUUGCCUCGGGCUUCCCCCGGAGCGAAGUCAGCAGUCGCUGCUGGUGCUGCCUCCGUGGAGUCUGCGAGGGGCUCCUUUUGGGGCGCAAACUCUGCCUCUGGGCCCUUGUUCGGCUGUAGCGGGAGCAGGCGGAGGUAUCGCCCGAAAGCCUUCGGGUCUCCAGGCCAGGGCGAGGAGGGGCUUCUCCCGGGGCUCUGCAAAGACACCCCGAGCGGAGUUGCUGCUAGCUGAGUUCGACCGCUGAGCCUUAGAGGGUCGCUUCGCUUUUGUCUUUGUGUGGUUGGACUGCUAUGGAAUAUGAUGAGAAGCUGGCCCGUUUCCGGCAGGGCCACCUCAACCCGUUCGACAAGGCCCCACUGCAGAAUCGGCAGGAGCAGAAGACAGCCGGGGCCGGAGAGGGCUUUCCUCAGAAAGACGUGAAUCUGGGAUUGUCUCCAGAGGAGCCAGUCUUUCCUUGCUCAGAGCGCACCAUGGACCUGGGCUUGGCCGAGGACCAUUUCUCGCGCCCAGUGGGCCUGUUCCUGGCCUCGGAUGUGGAGCAGCUGCGGCAGGCCAUCGAAGACUGGAAGCAGAGGAUCCUGGAGCUGCCAGAUAACUCUGAGAAGCAGAAGGAUGCCGUGGUGCGACUCAUCCACCUGCGGCUGCGGCUCCAAGAGCUGAAGGACCCCAGUGAGGAUGAGCCCAACAUCCGGGUGAUCCUGGAGCAUCGUUUCUACAAGGAGAAGAGCAAAGGAGUGAAGCAGACUUGUGACAAGUGCAGCACCGUUAUCUGGGGGCUGAUCCAGACCUGGUACACCUGCACGGGCUGCUCCUAUCGCUGCCAUAGCAAAUGCCUGGACCUCAUCACCAAGCCAUGCGUGCGCUCCAAGGUCAGCCACCAGGCCGAGUACGAGCUGAGCAUUUGCCCGGAGACGGGCCUGGACAGCCAGGACUAUCGCUGUGCCGAGUGCCGGGCACCCAUCUCUCUCCGUGGGAUCGCAGGUGAGGCUCGGCAGUGUGACUACACAGGCCUCUAUUACUGCAGCAGCUGCCACUGGAAUGACCAAGCUGUCAUCCCCGCCAGAGUCAUCCACAACUGGGACUUUGAGCCCCGCAAGGUCUCUCGGUGUAGCAUGCGCUACUUGGUGCUAAUGGUGUCCCGGCCAGUCCUCAAACUGCGGGAGACCAACCCUCUUCUCUUCAAUUACGUUGAGGAGCUGGUGGAGAUCCGGAAACUGCGUCAGGACAUCCUGCUCAUGAAGCCGUACUUCAUCACCUGCAAGGAGGCCAUGGAAGCUCGGCUGCUGCUCCAGCUGCAGGACCGGCAGCACUUUGUGGAGAAUGACGAGAUGUAUUCCCUGCAAGACCUGAUGGAUAUCAACGCCGGGCGGCUCAGCUGCUCCCUGACGGAGAUCCACACACUCUUUGCCAAGCACAUCAAACUGGACUGCGAGAGGUGCCAAGCAAAGGGCUUUGUGUGUGAGCUCUGCAAGGAGGGAGAUGUGCUCUUCCCCUUUGACAGCCACACUUCAAUGUGCACGGACUGUUCGGCUGUCUUCCACAGGGACUGCUUCUACGACAACUCCACAACAUGCCCCAAAUGCGCUCGACUCAGUCUCAGAAAAGAGUCCUUGCUCAGGGAGCACAAUAUGGAGCUGCAAGCCUAAGUGUCACUUCUCUGAAAUGGAGGGGAUGACAGCCAAACCACAGAAUUCCCAGCUUGCCUGUGACUUACUUGUCCUUCUUGAAGAGAAGCAGCUCAGACUGGUGAGGAAAGAAAACUUGGCAGAGGAGGGUGAGGUGGGAAUGCCACGGCCAAGCUGCAAAGGAUGCUGCCCCUCCACCUCUGGACAGAUGUCAAGAUUCUCCUUGAGUUUCCGAGUCUGAGGGAGUUUAGUCCUGGCUGCAACUGGCAGAGGUGGAGAAGUGGCUGCCAGAUGAGUUUAUGGAAAAUGGUGACCACCUCCCCUCAGUAACUGGGUAAUAUCAUCCCUGUUUGGCUGGCACCGAGUCCAGCUAUUCUGGCUUCUUUACAGACCAUGAUAGUUCAGCGAAGACAAUGGCUGCAGCUGGGCAGGCUGUAGAAAUGGUGGCAUUUGGAAAGUUGUUCCUAUGACCUGGAGGCAUUUGUCUUGGAGACUUGGUUUUCCUUUCCCAUCCUCUUAGCCCAAAAUGAUGGCAAUUGCCAGGACUGGAUGUAUCAUAGAACAGUCUCUGCCAGCCAUGAAAAGAGACUAUGGGACUCUAUACCACAGUAAUUUAUCACAAGCACUAAAAUCACUUUAAAUAAAGCUAAGCAUAAAUAUUGAA